AGUUGAGUAGCAUUUGAAAGCAAAGUUUUGAGAUUGGUUGAUAUAAUAUCAUAUAUGGUCCUUUCUUUGGAAAAGCAUAACAACAACAUGUCCCCUUUUGAUUCUUCUCCUCAAAAAACAACUGAGACAAGUCAUAGCACAAGCAACAACAGCACUAGUCCAAGUGGUGGUGGUGAUGUGUUGUUGAAAUGGGGUCAUAGAAAGAGAUCAAGAGUCUCUAGAACUUCCAUUGAAGAUUCAUCAUCUUCUGUUCAAAGGAAACUUCUUCCAGCCAAAUUUUCUUCUGCAUCUAUGCCACCUCCACCUCCACUUACUGCCUUCAAUGGCAGAGGUACAAAACAUAAUAGCCCUAGGAAUUUGGAAGAUCCUUCAACAGCUGCUGGAACAGCAAGCGAAUCGCCUUCAAGAAUAAACCAAAUUGUUUCUAGAUCUGCAGCACAAAAACUAAAGGUGCAGCCUUCUUCUGGAUCAGCAAAGUGUAAGAAGCCUUCAUCAACAACAAAAGUCACUGAGAGAUUAAUGAAUGGUCAUCAUGUUGAUUCAUCUUCAAUUAAAUCGAAACACGAAAGUCGAGUUCCAAAUGCUGCUGCUGCUGCUAAUAAUGAAGAGAAAGUCAGUGUAGAGGUAAUUGAGUGGCCAAAGAUAUACAUUGCUCUGUCAAGAAAGGAAAAAGAAGAUGACUUUCUUGCAAUGAAAGGGACAAAAAUCUCUCAAAGACCUAAGAAGAGAGCUAAGAACAUUGACAGAACUCUUCAGUAUUGUUUUCCUGGGAUGUGGCUAUCAGAUCUAACAAAGAGCAGAUAUGAGGUUAGGGAGAAGAAAUCUGUCAAGAAGCAAAAACGUUGUAGAGGCUUAAAAGGAAUGGAAAGCUUGGAAAGUGAUUCAGAGUAGCAAGCACAUAACUUCAAUUUUUCACUCAAAACUAGGUUGGUGAGAAGUCAAAAUUCAUGAGAGAAAAAAUAGCUUUUUUUUUUAAGUAUUAUUUAGAAGCGUUGGUAUGACAUUACUUAAAAAGUUAAUAGUAGUUUUAAUUGGGUCCCCUCCAUUCAUUACAAAUGGCAUUGUAUUGUAUAGGGAUUAUUAUAUUAUUUUGAUUAUCUUUGGAAUUUUAAUAUGAGAGUGUAGGAACAUUCAUUAUAUGUGGGACCAUUUUGUUUGAGAAUAUCUAAAAAGUACAUAGGAAGGGUAAUUUAAUUUGGUUCUCAUAUUUGAAAAUUGAUAGAUAAAUUGCUUUAAUUUGAACUUGCA